AACCAUACAUGCAUCCGUUAAGUCAUAGAAAUCCACCACAGUAUGAUAAGAAUACAUCGAUACAGGUUAAUACAGGUUUAAUCAUUAAGUAAAUACUGACUCAGAUAAACACCUGCAGAGUUCCAAAUGAUAUUGCAGUGCAAUGUGACUGCAUGACCUAUAAAAGGCCCAUGAAGAAGUUGUUGAUACACUACAACAAUCUCGGUGCAGCCAUGAAGAAGGUUCAUCUCCUCUUUUUGCUUCUCGCCUCUGUCCUGGUUAAGGCCAAAGAUUUGCGCUGGGUGAAUUCUUACGAUGAGCGUUUUCAUUUUGCCUGUCCCACCGGCCAGUCCAUUUAUCACAUCAUUAGUCAACACAAGAAUGAACAUGAAGACCGGCUUUGGAAUUUUUCGUGCAAAUACACUUUGACAUCUGUCUCAGGCUGUUUAAAUUACUAUGAUGUGAAUGGUUUUGAUGACGAUCUAAACUUCCAGUGCCCUUAUCACAAAGUGAUUACAGAGAUUGGCAGUUAUCAUGACAAUCAUCAUGAGGACAGAAGAUGGUCUUUCACGUGCUGUGGAGGAGGUGGCUACUGCACUGGUAGCUGCUCUUGGACUAGUUAUCAGAACAAUUUUGAUGGUCCCCUGGAUUAUAUUGUUCCCUCAGGUUAUUACCUAGUUGGGGCCUCCAGCUACCAUGAGAACAAGCAUGAGGAUAGACGCUGGCAGUUUUUGAUCUGUUCUAGCGGCUGCUAGUGCCUUCCUUCAUUCUGAGAAAAUAAAGACUUUUAGCUAGUUCUGCAUUAAA